AUGGCCGUGAUAGUCGGCUGGAUAGCUGAGUCCGUCCAGGAGAUUUUACAGAUCUCUGGGCUGACUCUGCAGUCUUUUCUCGUCUUCUGUACGGCCUUUAUCGUGGCCUGUUUCCUCUUGAAGCCCCGCAGAAACCUGCCUCCCUACCCGGCAGGACGCGUGCCUGUUCUCGGGCACCUCCUCGCCUUGGGCCGAGCGCCACACCUCAAGCUGACGGCGUGGAGGCGGCAGUACGGGGACGUCUUCACCGUCAGGAUGGGGAUGGAAGACGUGGUGGUUCUGAACGGCUACGCUGCCGUCAAGGACGCGCUCGUGGACAGGUCCGAGCUGUUCGCCUCCAGGCCGCCAAAUUACCUUGCUGAUGCGAUGGUUGGCUUUGGAAAAGACAUAGCAUUUGCUCGCUGGGGGACCGAGUUCAGACAGAGAAAGAGGUUUGCCACCGCCGUCCUGAAGAACCUCGGGAUGAAGGGUGGAACUGGCAGCAUUGAGGAGAAAAUCCGAGAAGAGGCGAGCUGUCUCCGCAACAGGAUUGCAGAAUACAAUGGAAACCCAUCUGACAUCGCCCAUGACAUCAGAGUAGCGGCUGCAAACGUCAUCUGUUCCAUGGUGAUGGGGAAGCGCUAUGACUACAGGGACGAGACAUUCAGGGAGUUGUCAGAGGCGGUUGAGAUGGCCCAAUUUGAAUCUGGAGCUGGACAGAUCAUCAGUGUCUUCCCCUUUCUACGCUUUGUUCCUGUCGUGAAUAGAGCCGGCAUCAACGCGUUGCAAGAGGCCUUCAAGAUCCAAAAUGUGCUAAAAGGGGAGAUAUCUCGUCAUCGCGAGAACCUGGAUCGCGAGAACCCGCGAGAUUUCCUGGACUUCUGCCUGCUGGAGGUUGAGAAGCAGGAGAAGGUGGAGGGUCUGACAGAGGUGCACGUUGUGUACAUGGCGGAGGACCUCUUCUUUGCGGGAUUAAGCACAACCACCGACACACUACGCUGGAGUCUCCUCUACAUGACUCUGAACCCCAACAUCCAGAAUAAGGUGCAGCAGGAGCUUGAUGCCGUUGUUGGUGAGAGUCUGCCCACCCUGUCCCACCGUUCCCAGCUGCCCUACGUGAACGCCUGUCUGCUGGAGGUCAUGAGGAUCCGGCCCGUCGUACCUCUCACGAUCCAACACGCCCCUACAGAGACGCUCAAAGUGCGAGAAUACGACAUCCCAAAGGGAACACAGGUACUGCCGAACCUGUACUCCCUCCACAUGGACCCCGCCUACUGGCCUGAUCCGGACCGGUUUGACCCCGGAAGGUUUCUGGAUGCGGAAGGAAACGUCGUCAACAACCCUGAUUCCUUCAUGCCGUUUUCAGGAGGUCGACGCGUGUGUCUCGGGGAGCAGCUGGCCAGGAUGGAGCUGUUCCUGUUCUUCUCGACCCUGCUGCAGUCCUUUACAUUCAGGACGCCAGAGGACGCUCCUCGUCCAACCACUGAUGGUGUAUUUGGUAUAACGUUGCCGCCGCAUCCGUUUAAACUCUGUGCGAUCCCGCGUUAG